AUGAUGGCUGGCGCCGUGGCCAUCGCCAGUGCCCAAGGUUUUCCUGGGGUCGCUUCGGUGCCACCUAUUUCGCCUUCUUCGAUCUUGCUUGGUCGCGCAGAAUAUAUGGAAAAUGAAUUGCCUCAUUGCGCAAUGCCAUGUCUGCAGCAACAAUGUGCCACAUUUGACCUCGCGUGCCUGUGCGAGUCGGUGACUAAGAUGGCCAUCGACUACUGCGUUUUGAACGCAUGCGCAAUACCAGAGGCUAUAUUUACCAGGAACCUAACCGAAGCGACAUGCCAGACACCGAUUCGCAACCACAGAGGCGAGCUCACAACCUUAACUAUUGCUAUAACACCAAUCACGGUGCUAGUUGCCACGUUGCGACUAUCGUACAAGCACUUUUCUAUUGGUCGAGCACAUCUUUCUACGGAGGAAUGGACAUUGAUAGCUGCGGCUGUCAUCGGCAUUGCCGGUGUUCCUCUCGAGAAACUAGGCAUCACAAACCACGGGAUAGGAACCGACGUCUGGGGUCUGGACCGAUCCACCUUGGUUGCCUUUCAGCGAUUCUUUUACGUCGAACAGAUAAUCUACGUUACGUUGAUGCUCCUUUUGAAGUUGACCAUGGCUUUCUUCUACCUCAACAUUUUCUUCGGGCGCGGCAUACGCGCCUUGCUCUGGGGACUCAUCAUUUUUCACGUCGCCAGCACCACAGCUUUCAGCAUAGGCAUCGUCUUUCAAUGCCUGCCGAUCAGCUACCAAUGGGAUAAAUUUAACCACAUGCAUGACGAUACAUUUUCAGGACACUGCAUCAAUACUAAUGCAGCUGGUUGGGUAAACAGUGCAUUUAGCGUUGCGUCAGACCUUUGCUUGCUGGCUAUUCCUUUGAGUCAGCUGCACAAGAUGAACCUGCACUGGAAGAAGAAGCUCGGAGCUUCAUUGAUGUUCGUGGCUGGUACCAGCUUCACCGUUAUAUCUUGCCUCCGUCUAGCGUCGGUUCGGAGCUAUGCUUCAACAUCGAAUCCAACACGGGAUCAGUGGGAUAUUAUAUGGUGGUCUACGGUUGAGAUCAACGUCGGCUUUCUCUGCACUUGCUUACCGUCAAUGCGACUCAUUCUCAUCCGUAUGGCGCCACGAGUGUUUGGGUCCGAAUUGGGCAAUCCCCCAAUAUCUUUAAAUCGUGUCUCCUCCUUGGAUACACGAGCCUCGCGGCUACUUGAGGAUGAGGAAGCGACUCUGCCGAAACCCUGUCUCACUCCGGAGCGGAAGCCUUUACCAACGGCUCCAAAAUAUCCGGAGCCCUCUUUGUACAAUUAUUACAACUCAUCCAAUACGAGCGGAUCGUUCUACGCAACCCAGAGUUCGGAGGGUUGGCAUGAUGCGGAGGGACCGUUGCGGGCGACGAGGAAGCCCGACAACGGGAGAAGCAAGGUGCCAUGA